GAGCGAGUCCAGUGCCAGUGCGCUCCCGCCAGGCAGGCGCAGCAGGCAGCCCUUCAUCCACCCAGAGAACCUCUCUUUGGACUCCAGUGGCUUUUCUUCUCCACCUGUGAAUUUCCUUCAAGAAUUGCCAAGCUAUCGGUCCAUUGCACGCAGGAGGACGACCAUUCUUUCCCGAGACAAGCAAAGCGGCACUUUGCUGAAGCCGACAGACUCGUACAGCUCCCAGCUGGAGGGAGGAAUCACCGAAAACCUCAAUAGCCAGUCGAUUCGGAAGUAUGCACUGAACAUCUCUGAGAAGCGGAGGCUAAGGAACAUUCAGGAGACCCAAAUGAAGUAUUUAUCUGAGUGGGACCAGUGGAAACGGUAUAGCAGCAAGUCUUGGAAGAGGUUCAUAGGGAAGGCUCGUGAGAUGACCACCCACUUGGAGCUGUGGCGGGAGGACAUUCGCAGCAUAGAAGGGAAAUUUGGCACUGGGAUUCAGUCCUAUUUCUCCUUCUUGCGGUUUCUUGUGUUGCUGAAUUUGGUGAUAUUUCUGAUCAUCUUUAUGCUGGUUUUGCUCCCGGUCUUGCUCACCAAAUACAACAUCACCAACAGCACUUUUGUGGUCAUUCCGUCCCAAGACACGGAUGUUCAAUGCACAGUUUAUCCAAUAAGUAGCUCUGGACUCAUUUACUUUUAUAGUUAUGUCAUAGACUUGCUCUCUGGCACUGGUUUCUUGGAGGAGACCUGCCUCUUUUAUGGACAUUACACCAUUGAUGGAGUAAAAUUUCAAAACUUCACCUAUGAUCUGCCCCUGGCUUAUUUGUUAAGCACAAUUGCCUACCUGGCCCUGAGCCUUCUUUGGAUAGUGAAAAGGUCGGUGGAAGGGUUCAAAAUCAACCUGAUCCGGAGUGAGGAGCACUUCCAGAGUUACUGCAACAAGAUCUUUGCCGGCUGGGACUUCUGCAUCACCAACCGAGGCAUGGCGGACCUGAAGCACAGCAGCCUGCGGUACGAGCUCCGAGCAGAUCUGGAAGAAGAAAGAAUACGGCAGAAGAUAGCAGAAAGAACAUCAGAAGAGACGAUACGGAUUUACUCUCUGAGACUGUUUUUGAACUGUAUUGUUCUGGCCGUUUUAGCCGCAUGCUUUUAUGCAAUCUACAGAGCGACAAUAUUCUCACAGGAGCACAUGAAAAAAGAAAUUGACAAGAUGGUUUUUGGAGAGAACCUUUUGAUAUUGUACCUGCCUUCUAUUGUGAUUACGCUGGCCAAUUUUAUCACCCCAAUGAUCUUUGCCAAGAUCAUCCACUAUGAGGAUUAUUCCCCAGGCUUUGAGAUCCGGCUGACAAUACUUAGGUGUGUCUUUAUGCGGCUGGCUACCAUCUGUGUGCUGGUGUUCACCCUGGGUUCCAAGAUUACAUCCUGUGAUAACUACUCCUGUGAGCUCUGUGGCUACAACCAGAAACUCUACCCGUGCUGGGAGACCCAAGUUGGGCAGGAAAUGUACAAGCUGAUGAUCUUUGACCUCAUCAUCAUCUUGGCUGUGACGCUUUUUGUGGAUUUUCCCAGAAAGCUCCUGGUGACCUACUGUUCCUCUUGGAAGCUGAUUCAGUGCUGGGGACAGCAGGAAUUUGCCAUUCCUGAUAACGUUCUGGGGAUCGUCUAUGGGCAAACCAUUUGCUGGAUUGGAGCGUUUUUCUCACCUCUUCUCCCUGCAAUUGCAACCUUGAAAUUCAUUAUCAUCUUUUAUGUGAAAGAGAUGAGUCUUCUUUAUACCUGCAGACCCUCCCCAAGGCAGUUCAGAGCAUCCAAUUCUAAUUUCUUCUUCCUGUUGGUGUUGUUGAUUGGGCUUUGUUUGGCCAUAAUACCUCUGACAAUCAGCAUGGCACGCAUCUCUUCCUCGAAAGCCUGUGGGCCAUUCACCAACUUCAACACCACCUGGGAGGUGGUCCCCAAGACAGUGAGCACCUUUCCCAGCUCACUGCAGUCCCUGGUCUAUGGCGUCACAUCGGAAGCCUUUGCAGUGCCUUUUUUCAUGAUCAUCUGCCUCAUCAUGUUUUACUUCAUCGCCCUGGCCGGAGCACACAAGCGGGUGGUGGUCCAGCUCCGAGAGCAGCUAUCCCUGGAAAGUCGUGACAAGCGCUACCUGAUCCAGAAACUAACAGAAGCCCAGAAGGAUAUAAAGAACAGACUGGACUGGCAGUGAGGAUCCUUCCACGUGCUGCUCAUAAGCUGACCUGGUGACCUGCCGAGCCUACAGAGUCCACCUGGGUUUGGAGCAGAACUUUUAAAAUACAUUUUUCUGGAGUUCA